AUGCUUAAAAAGAACUCGAAUAACAAGACGAUACACAUUCAAUUAUUAGAAGAAAAGUUUUAUUUUCCUGGAGAGACGAUCAAAGGAAAUGUUGUUGUUCACCCAAAUAGUCCAACCAAAGUGAAUUGGAUUCAACUAAAAUUUAACGGAAAAGUAUGUUUACACUUGAAAGAAAAAGAGAUUAUACCCUUAUUUGAGGAUAUCAAGUCAAUUCAUACAAGCAAACAAAAAAUAACCACACUCGAUGCAUCUGAGCAUACAUUUCCAUUCGAGUUCCAAAUACCAAAUAAUUUGAAUCUACCAAGUUCAAUGCAAUUUGGUAAAAAGUGCUAUAUUCGGUAUACGAUCUCUGCUCUGUUACAUAGACCCAUGAUACCAGAGUCACUUUGCCCCAAGACAGAGUAUCACAUUAGCAUUUUGGAGCAUAUCGACAUUCAACAAUCACAAUUCACCGUCCCUUAUGAAAAGAUUCAACACGUCAUCAUUGCCAAGGAUAAAAGAUCGAUCGUGAAGGCAUUUAUCCCUCGUAUUGGUUUCACAAGAGGUGACAUUAUUCCACUUCAAGUUAAUAUUCAUCAUUUUACAUCAUUUCAACGUAAAAAGUGCAUUAAAGUAGAAUUGAUAAGGACACUAGAAAUUAGGACGAUAAGACACUCUGUCACAAAGGAAACAGUACUUAAAUCAACAGACUAUGAUAUCAAUAUUGAUUUCGCAUUACAACAACUAUUGAACUGCCAAGUACUCGUACCAACAUCAACACCACCUUCCAUACGAUACAAGGAUAAAUUACUAAGAUUUCAUUACAAGAUAAAAUUAUCCAUCUCAUACACUGAUAAAGUCAACUGCUCAAUUGAUUUACCCAUUGUCAUUGGUACUUGGCCACGCGCCUCAAUACCUAUCGAUGAUGAAGAAGAAGAAGAAAAUGAUGAUCUUAGUAGUCUUGAUAUUGAAUCACUAAGGACAACUGAAGGCAUAAGAAAUUCUGUUAUCAGUGACGUUGAAAGAUCAAAUUCAGUUAAAUCCUAUAAUUCAAUCUCUUCAUGGAACUCGUGGGAAAACAGGACAGCCAUCACAACCUUGUCUUCUCCUGCUUCUCUUUCACAGCACUCUCUUAUUUCUAAUAACAACAGCAUCAACUAUAGCACGUAUCAUCAUAACAUCCAUAAUGACAAUAACAACAACAUCAUCAACAACAGCUACAGUAUGUAUAAUAAUAGUAUUAAUAAUAGAUAUUCAAUGCCAAGGUUUGUAGAAGAAGUACCGACACAUGUAUUAACGCCCAUCAUCACGCCUCCGCCCUCAUUAUCUCAUUCUCAGCAAUCUGAACAGCCAUAUGGUUCGUCGUCAUCCACUGAUGACUCCGAUGAAGAGGAUGAUCUAUUAUCCAUCAUUAAAAAGAAAAAGAAAAAGGAACAGAAAGAAUUGAGAAAGAAGAUGAGUCAAUUACAAGUAAACUAG